GAGAGGCACAUGGGGAUUGGCAGUAGGUGCCCCUCCAUCCCCCCUCCAUUCUCUCUACCUAACAUUUGCGCGUUCACAAGCUUCAUAAAGUAAACCUUCAAAGUUGGAUUUGUUUAUUUGUUCAGACUCUCAGUAUACCCUUUACCCACUGUCUUUACAAGCUUGCUAUUUAUGAGAAUAGUCAAGAUAUUUCAUUACUAUUACUAGGUACCGGAAUGUCGAUAACGAUCGAGAAGAUACUUGCUGCUUCUCCGGCAACAGCCAGAGGACAACCUACGCAGCUAUCGACUGACGCUAAAGGGGAAAGAAUUGCUUACGCUUCUGCGAAAUCGAUCUUCGUUCGGUCCAUCGACGAUCCCUCUAGCUGUAAAGAAUAUACCGGCCACACUACCCAAACGACCGUAGCUAAAUUCUCUCCGAGCGGUUUCUACAUUGCCAGUGGCGACAUAUCAGGAUCGGUUCGUGUAUGGGACUCGAUAGAAGCUGUUAAUACCAAAGGAGAAUAUCCCAUCAUCUCGGGCCGCAUCAAUGACAUAGCAUGGGAUGGCGAUUCGCAGCGUAUAAUUGCCGUAGGUGAUGGGCGUGAGCGAUUUGGACAUUGCAUCACUGCAGACAGCGGCAACAGCGUGGGUGAGGUAUCAGGCCACUCCAAGGUCAUCAAUUCGGUUGCCAUAAGGCAGAUGAGGCCACUUCGAGCUGCAACGGUUAGCGAUGAUAUGGAAAUGUGCUUCUUACAUGGUGCUCCAUUCAAAUUUAACUCGAAGUCUACCGGCCUUCAUAAGGGAUUUGUCCAAGGCACUGCCUUCUCGCCGGAUGGCAAUACCCUUGUUACCGUCGGCGCAGAUAAACGAAUUCAACUGUACGACGGGAAGACAGGAGAGCCAACCAAAGCCAUCGGCGAGGGUGAGCAUACCGGUAGUAUCUUCGCUGUCAGCUGGGCGAAGGACUCGACUAAAUUCGUCACGGCUAGUGCCGACCAAACCAUAAAGGUAUGGGAUGUGGAGGCAGGAAAAGUUUUGCAAACAUGGAGAUUUGGAGGGGAUGGUGGUGUUAGUGUUCCAGACCAACAGGUUGGUGUGGUAUGGCCUCACGGUCGUAGCGAUGGCCUAAUCAUCAGUCUUAGCCUGAGCGGAGACUUGAAUUACCUGGUGGAAGGAAACCCGAAGCCUAUCAAGGUCGUUCAGGGACACAACAAGAGCAUAACAGCUCUUGGUGUGGGCUCGGAUGGUAAAGGCCAAACCCUAUGGACCGGUAGUUUCGACGGCCGGGUUUGCAGUUGGGACGUCGUAUCUGGACUGGGCACCAUUGUAGAUGGGCAGAGCCACACCAACCAAGUAACGCACUUUGCAUCUAGUACCGGAAGGGCAUAUAGUGUUGGGUGGGACGACACUCUACGCAUAGUCGACGAGUCGGCCAAUACGUUUGCCGGUGAAUCUGUGAAGCUAUCCACUCAACCCAAGGGCGUUGCCUCCGCAGACGAACGCGUGUAUGUGGCCACAGCCACCGGCAUUGAGACCUACGUCAAGGGCCAACUCGCAGGGACACUCGAUAUCGCCAACGCACAGCCUACAGCUAUUGCGGCUCAUGGGCCCCUAGUCGCAGUAGGGCUAAGCAACAACGCUGUGCGCUUAUACAAGUCAGAUGGCAACAAGUUGAUGCAAACCCACGAAGCGAAGAACUCGCUGACCCCAAUCUCGGCUCUGGCAUUCUCACGCGAUGGGGCGUUGUUGGCUGCUGGCAACACGGCAGGCAAGAUUUACGCAUAUAAAACCGGGACACUCGAAAUAGCGACGGAUCGGUGGUCUGCUCACACAGGCCGUGUGACGAGCAUCGCGUGGAACGAGGCGGGCACUCACGCGGUCAGCGGUGCGCUCGAUACGAACGUUUACGUGUGGAGCUUGGCGAAGCCGGGGAGCAGGGUCAAGGCGCUGAAUGCACACAAGGAUGGGGUCUACGGUGUUGCGUGGGUGCAGGGUGGUGGCAGAGUCGCCAGUGCGGGUGGCGACGCGUCCGUCAAGAUUUGGGGAGUUACUGGUUUGCAGUAAAGGAUGAUGAUGAUGAUGAAAGAGUGAGAGAGAGCAUGAUUCAUUACAUGAAAUGAAGCUAAGGCUACGCAUGAGUAUCAGGACAUGUGCCGAAUGAUGAAGAAAAAAACAAAUGAACAUGGGAAUUAGCAAGAGAGGAAAAUAUUAUAUUCUUUUUCUUCUUCUUCUCGUACCUAGCGGUCCCACAUUGUCUUCGCAAGACAUUCCU